CAAGAAUCCAGCCCGACGGGACACCGCUGCAGACCAGUAAAUGCCAAGCCCCCCUCCGUCAUGUCACCGACCAAAGUUCCGGGUGCCCUGGGUGCUUAGCUUGUCUGCCGCUUGUACGACGCGUCUCGCCUCGUCAUCCUGUCUUGCUCCAUUUGCCUAGCCCGUUGCUGGCCACGCAUCUAUUUUGGGCUUACUGCGGUGGCCGGCAAGAUCUGGCCGAGGACGAAACAUUGGCACAUGGCUGGAUGGAUGUGACGGAGGCAACCUGGUUUCUGACCCGACUUGCCAGUGUGCCAGUGCGCCAAAGAAGAACAGGAGUACGCAGUCAAGCAGUGCCCAAACGAGGCAGCCUCUGACACACGGCCUGGCGCCCCUCUUGUUCGGGCACAGCCGUGUGGGUGGCGACUUUGCCUGGUCCCUCGACGUACCCGCCUGCCAAGGUGAUUACGCAGCUCUGCACUCUGCACUCGCAGCAUAGCCCUCUUGUCACCGCGACAGACCAGUCACAUGCAAUCAUUUCAGCCUUGAAGUGUCCAAGUGAGCUCUCGCCCCAGCCCAGGCGCCCUCUUAGCUCUGUCACUGCCCGUGGACCCUUGAAGUCCUGGUGGGCAAGUGGGGUCUGUCUUAUUAUUCUGCAUCCCUCUGGCCCUGUGGUCAAGCUUAAAACCAAGCUGCCUUUUGAUGCAUGCAUCCUCCUUGACCCCCAACGACGUGGCAAGUGGACGUCCUUUUUAAGAACAGUCGUCAUACCCUACUUUUCGUAGGUGGCUGUUCUACUUUCUGACCCUUUUGUUUUUACUCCUUCCUACCAUUUUCUUUUCCUCUUCUCUCACUUCCUACACAUCCACCGCCUGCGCUGCUCCCACUUGAUGAACCUCAGAAUGGGAUCGGCCGGCAACAUGGAUCCCCAGUCCUCGCUAGAUUCCGCCCUCGACACUCAGGGUCUCGCCGACGAACAGCGCGGCCUCCUCGAGCUUAUCGACAAGCUCCAGUUCGCGCAGCUCGACAAUGUCAAGCUGCCCCAGAUAUGCGUCGUUGGCGACCAGUCUGCUGGAAAAUCCUCGGUACUCGAGGCCAUCACGGGCACCCCAUUUCCUCGAGAUGCCGGCGCCUGUACCAGAUUCGCUACCGAGAUCCGCUUACGAAGGGCGCCCGAGACCAGCCUGACUGUCUCUAUAAUACCAGACAAGAACCGAGACCUGAAGGCGCAGGAGGCCCUGCGCAGUUUUGGCGGCAAUGUCGGCAACCAUAUGAACUUUGAGCAGCUCAUGAGAUAUGCCGUCGACUUGAUCGCCCCAAAGAACAUUCCCGGCCGCUUCGCCGCCCGGGACAUUCUUGUCGUUGAAAAGCGGGGCCCCGACAUGCCUCUGCUGACCUUGGUCGACUUGCCCGGUCUGGUGCGGAAUGCGAACAACGACCAGAGCUUGGACGACAUCAAGACCAUCGAGUCUCUGUGCGAGCGGUACAUGAAGAGCUCGCGCACCAUCAUUCUUGCGGUAGUCGGCGGCAACACGGAUUACGUGCAGGCCCCAAUUCUCACCAAGGCGAGACAAUUCGACCCCACCGGGUCCAGAACCAUCGGUGUUCUCACCAAGCCCGAUCUGACCGAGUCCAUUGGUCUUGAGGACAAGUUUAUUGAUCUUGUCAACAACAAGGACAAGGCGAACUACUUUCAGCUCGGGUGGUACAUCCUUCUUAACCCUGGCCCUCGCGACGCCGGCCAGCCUUGGCCAACCGCGCGCGAGCGACGCCAGAGAGAGGAGGAGUUCUUUGGGCGGGGCAAAUGGCGCUCCCUGCCAGAGUCCAUGUGUGGUGCCGACGCGCUGAAGCAGAAGCUGAGCACGCAGCUGCAACGACACAUUGGCCGCCACGUCAAGACGCUACGCCGACAGAUCCAGAAGGCGCUGGAUGAUACCGACGGAGAACUCAAAUCGAUGGGCGAGGGCAAGGACACGCCCGAGGAGAUGCGGAUAGAACUCGUGGAACUCUUCAGCGCGUCCAAGGAGCUCGUCAUCCCUGCUGUCUAUGGUUUCUACAAGAACCCGCCUGGCAAGAACUUCUUCCGCUCCACGGCUGACCCGCGGGGUACGCCGGCCCAGAACCUGCGCGCCAGGGCUGCCGAGGAGAACGACGCCUUCAGCAACCGAAUCAGGGAACAUGGCCGCAAGUUUGGCUUCUCGCAUGCACCGCAAGGGGGCAAGGACCUGUCGGAAGAGCAAAAGCAAAAUUACGUCCGCCAGGAGGUCCAGACACUCCUCAAUCAGAUCCGUGGUUCUGAGUUCCCCGGCGACGCCAAGCCCAGAGCCGUGUACAUGCUCUUCCAGAGUUACUCGGAGUACUGGCCCAGGCUGGCCCAGGAACACAAGGACAACCUCGGCGUUGUGUGCAACGAGUUCUUGGCGGAACUGAUCGACUACUCGUGGCCGAAGCGGAUGCGCGAGCCCCUCCGGCGCGAGUUCCUCGACCAGCAGCUCAAGCAGCUCAUGGAGAAGGCCCAGAAGGAGCUGGAGCUGCUCUCGCAAGACAUGCACCUGGAGGUCCAGCCGUACGACCCCGAGUACGAGGAGAAGCUCCGCGCGUGGCAGGCGAGGUCUCUGAGCCAGGAAGGCGCCCCGCAGUGGUCGGAGGCGCAGGAGGUGCUCGAGAAGAUGUUGAUCUAUUACGAGUUAAGCGCUAAGUCCUUUAUCCGGAAUACGAUCGUGCAGGUGAUCGAGCGACACCUCCUGCAGGGCAUGUACAACAUCUUCGAGUCCCUGCACGUCCUCAAGAUGACGGAGGAGACCAUCCUCGCCAUCGCGGCCGAGAACAAGCAGACCCGCGAGCGCAGGAUGCUCCUCAGGAGCCGCAAGCGGGCGAUCGAGGAGGCCAAGGACAUCUGCGCGGGGCUCGCCAUGCGCAAGGAGCUCAGGGCCUACGCCAACGAGGCCGACUCGGACGGGGAGACGACGAGCGACGAGGACGGCGGUCCGCCCAGGCGCCGGCCGAGCAGCCGGCACCAACAACAACCGAGCAGCGGCGGCGCCUCGGCGCCCCCGCCGCCGCAGACCAGGACGUCCAAGAGGCCGCCCGCGCCCCAGCAGCAGCAGAGCCGGCCCGAGGUGCACACCAACGGGAUCGUGCCGGGCUCCAACAACCCCUACGCCAACGGCAUGGGCGGCGAGCACUACCAGUCGCCAACACCGACGCCCACGCACAACAACGGCAGCAGCAGCAGCAACAGGCGCACGGUCGAGAUCGAGCCCGAAGAGGACUUUUACACCGCGCCGACCUCGGCGCCCCCGCCGCCCCCGCCCCCGAGGCCCGACAAGGUGAGGCCCGGGUCGGGGAGGGACAGGGACCACGAUGAUAUAUACGGCGCAGACGGCGGGAGCAGACGUGACUCAUCAUCAGGUACGCGGCAGGCUUCGGCCCCCUCCAGGCAUGGCGCGGGAUACUCGCUGACGUCCUCGCAGCUCCGCGAGAUGAAUAUGGGGGGUACCCGGCGGUAGGCACCGCGCAGCAGGCGCGGAGGGGCGGGCGGAUACGGGAGAUCCUGGGGAGGGUGUGAGAGCGGUCUGUAUAGAAAGAGUGUGGACGGUAAGUGAGUGGGGCAUUACCUACGUGGUCUGUCUGUUUAUCGACUCUUUGGGACAUUUUUGGGGGACUUUUGUCUUGUAUGGUGCUGGGAUGGGAUGCUUUCGGGAUUUAGUUUUUGAGGGGAAGGUCAGUACCUGGGUAUCCUGGGAGACGGAUUGGAUUUCUAGCGAAUGCAUUUGAAUCCAUAGAUUUCAUGUUGACCUGAUUUUGAACCAUUGCAGGUUACUGAAUGAUGGGCUGGCCUGCAAUAUCAAACCAGUCUUCGUUUCGGCCUUACGUGGUGCAUCUGUAGCGUCGAGCACUGGAUCAUUCACUUGUCUCGUCUUCAUAUGAAAAGACAUUUCUACCCUGGGGUAUGCAUGGUGUUUGGGCCAAGGCUUCGGCAACAAAACUCAUUCGUAGCUAACGAGC